UAAUCAGAGAGUUGCCGUCGCGCCGCCUCCCAAUCUCUCCGGCGAACAUCUCCCUCCCAACGAACUCGAGAUGGCUGAAGCUCAGGCUAUAGUACCCGAGUCAGUUUUGAAGAAGCAGAAGAGGAAUGAAGAAUGGGCUUUGGCCAAAAAACAGGAUCUUGUGGCCGCUAAGAAGAAGAAUGCUGCCAACAGGAAGCUCAUUUACAACCGAGCUAAGCUGUAUGCCAAGGAAUACCAGGAUCAGCAAACUGAGCUCAUCAAAUUGAAGCGUGAGGCUAGGUUGAAAGGAGGAUUUUACGUCAACCCUGAGGCUAAGUUGCUCUUCAUUGUCCGCAUUCGAGGUAUCAAUGCUAUGCACCCAAGGACAAAGAAGAUACUGCAGCUUCUUCGUCUGAGACAGAUAUUCAAUGGUGUCUUCUUGAAGGUUAACAAGGCAACUCUUAACAUGCUGCACUUGGUUGAGCCUUAUGUGGCUUAUGGGUACCCCAAUUUGAAGAGUGUUAAGGAAUUGAUUUACAAGAGAGGUUACGGCAAGUUGGACAAGCAAAGGAUUGCAUUAACCGACAACUCAAUCAUCGAACAGGCUCUGGGCAAGCACGGAAUAAUCUGCAUCGAAGACCUUGUUCAUGAGAUCAUGACUGUUGGACCUCACUUUAAGGAAGCCAACAAUUUCCUUUGGCCAUUCAAACUCAAGGCACCCCUUGGUGGUCUGGAGAAAAAGAGAAACCACUAUGUAGAAGGUGGAGAUGCUGGUAACCGAGAAGAUUACAUCAAUGAACUGAUCAGGAGGAUGAAUUAGUUUAGUUUGUUGUUAGUAAUCAAUUACAUGAUAUAAUUUAUUUUGUAUUUUUGAUAAUUUUAAAGGCCUUAAACGUUUUUGCCUUCUCCUUCUCGGAUCAAGUACUUUUAAGUGAUAUUGUUAGUAUAAUUUAAUUAUUCAGAUAUGGGCGAUUUUUCUUUCAGGUUUGGUUUCAUAUUAAGGAAAAAAAUAUGUCCUAAUUUAGUGGAGUCAACUUUUGGCAUUUUCAGCAAAAGAAUAAAAGGGG